AUGACUUCGUACACGGAUGUAGUGGGCGCUGCGGUGCCGGGCAAAUUGUCCAAGUCGCGAAGCAAACCAGUGGUGAAGCCGAUCCUGAAGAAACUGUCGCACUCGGAAAAGAAUUCUUUGGAUUUGGAUCGUGGUUGGGAUGAGCAGCAGACAAUGUUUGGAAACUAUGGGAGCAGUUUGGGUGGUGGCAGCCUGGGACGAGAGAGGGAAGGAUCUUUUGGAGGAAGGGACGUCAGCUUCAGCAUCUCGGCCACCGAACUUCACCACAGCGGCAGCAUCAACAACGGAAGGAGCAAAUUCUCCCACGCCCGGUCUACCAGCGGCACCUCCCACGUCAGUGUUGCUACAAGUGGCAGUGGCCAGCGAAACGGCAGCUUCGUCCACCCUUUCCAACAAACACCGCGUACCUCAACACCACCUCUAUCCUACGCCAAUUCUCUCGCCAGCAUCGAACACGCCAACAGCAACAGCAAUACAAACAUUUCUGCCGGCAUUCCUGCCCCCCGCGACUACUCCCCGACAAUAACAGAAGACGACGACGAUCUGCUCGAUCAACACUAUUUACACCAUCGCAGCAAUCACCACCCGCCAUUACCCUCAUCUUCUACAAUCCCCAUCACCAGCAACCCUUCCUCUUCUUCUUACCCCAGGCGACCCUCACUGGCAAGCCGCACUUCCUCUCUAUCCGAUAUCAACAACCACACUGCUUCGCCCUCAACCUCAGUCACUGCCAUGUCGCCUCUUCGCACCUCCAUUGACGGCUUCCGCCUUCGCUCUCGUUCUGAGCUUGACUCCAACUACCACCAGGAGCGUAUCCGCCAGGAGCGCCGCCGUUGGGAGGAGAAGGAGCGUCAGAAGAGUGAGAAGAAAGACAAGAAGGACAUGCGCGAUCGAGAGCGUGCCGAUUUCAAAGAGGCACAGCGCUAUGAACGUGAACAGCACCAGAUGAUGAAGAGAGAGGCAAAGGAGGCCGCCCGAAAGCAGAGCUUCUCCCACAGCACCCGCAACAGCUCCAGCGACAUUAUCCGCCCUUCCAUCAGUCGCAAGAAGACUCCCUCGGAUGCCAAGAAGGCCACUGCCGACGCUGAGAAGCUGGCCAUGGGUGCCCAGGGCGACGUUGGAUUUGCCAGCCGCAACUACGCCAGCACCAACCAGGGUCAAGAGCCUGUUGCUGAUGAGCUCAUGUUUGAGGGUCCCCGUCGCUCCCAGACUGCCAAGCGCAAGACGCAGGGUGCCUGGACGAGCUUCGUUCUUUGGUUCCGGACUAGAAUUCUGCGACUCCAGACCAACAUGGCCAAGAAAUAA